GGCCCAUCAUCCAGCCCACUCUCUCUUCACCCAAAGCUUGGCCAGCCACUCCCCCCUCUGGCGCCGCCGAGCUCUCCGCUGCCGUGCCGCCGUCGCGCUCGCAUCCUCCUUUUCCCCAACCUCAUCUCUCCGGUCAGGCUCGGGUCGACCGGCGCGCGCGGGCGGCGGGGGUCCAGUGGAGGACUCUCCGGCGAGGGAACAUCAGUCUUCUCCCCACUUUCCUCGGAGAGGGAGGUCGCCGCGACCUCGUAUCCGGUGGCGCGGCCAUCAGGAAACGGCGACCUCGAGCCAGCGAGGGCUACUAGGUCUUGCAGCGGACAGACCCAUACGGAGAAAACCUAGAACAUGGGAGCAUAGCGGCGGUGAGAUUGUGUUGACAGGUUAGCGCGGGUUGCGUUUGUAACACUAGCAUACACCAACCAAGCCAGUGCGCGCACCUUGGAAUUUUGUUGGCGAUGGAUGGCAGUAGCUCCAGCAAGAGAAAAGCCGAAGCGCAGCGAGAGGGAGAGAGCAGCGCCAAAAGGCUGAAUGUCACUGUGGGGAUGGAGCACCUUGACUGCCCCAUCUGCUUGAAGCCCCUCAGGCCUCCAAUACUCCAGUGCUCCGUGGGGCAUUUCGUAUGCUCGCAUUGCUGUACGCAUCAACUGGAUGGCAAGUGCCAUUUAUGCUCUGUAGAGACUACAUUCGAGCGCUGCUUUGGGAUGGAACAUGUUGUCGAGUCAGUCACAGUAGCUUGCUCCAAUGAGAUGUACGGAUGUGCCGAGACAGUCACCUACUACAAGAAAGAAGAGCACAAGGAGGCAUGCCCAUACGCCCCAUGCUUCUGCCCAGAGCCUGGUUGUGGCUUCGCUGGACCAACAAAGGUGCUCCUGGAACAUUUCACGACCCAGCACAAGUGUCCAUUGACAACCCUCCCAGACUCUGGCACAGUGUCUCUCUGCCUGCAGCCGGGCUUACAUGUUUUGCAAUGCACCAGGAACAGCUACUUUUUCUUGCUCAGCAUGGCAUCAGAGCCUUUUGGACAUGUCAUCUCAGUCGUCUGUGUCAAACCAAACAGGAGGAAAUCGAAGUUCACAUGUAAUCUGAGUUACGACUGCAUAACAACUGGCUGUUGUGGAAGUACAAACUGCCACAUAAGGAGCUCUUCACUCUCUGAUGGGCUUCCGACAGUGUAUGACUUAAUACUUCCCAAGGGAAAGGUUUCUGACGAUGCAAACGGUAUCAUGCUUAGAGCCACCAUUAAUCAGCAAACUUUAAGUCACAGCAGAUCUUGUUUUCGAGGGAAGGGCCCAACUUCUGCACUUCAACAUAGGCCCGAUACUUGUGAUGAGGAUGAUGAUGAUGAUAUACCUAAAAGUCAUAGAAGAUCUCACCCUGCUAAGGAGGAGGAGGAGGAGGUGGAGGAGGACGAGAAUGAUGAGGACAAUGAGGAGGAGGAGGAAGAUGAAAGACCUUUAAGUGUCAGAAGAUCCCACCUUGCUGAGGAGGAGGAGGAGGAGGAUGAACGACCUUUAAGUCUCAGAAGAUCUCACCCUGCUGUUCAACUAAGGCCCAAUACUUAUCAUGAUGAUGGGCAGGUGGAGGAGGACGAGGAGGAUGCUAGACCUGUAAGUGUCAGCAGACCCCGUGUUCGAGGAACGGCUCCGGCUCGUGUUGUUCUACAAUCUGAUACCGAUGAUGAGGAUUAUUUUCCUAUAGCUUUCAGAAGUGCCCGUCUCCAAGGAACGCCUCCAGCUCCUGCAGUUCAAGAAAGGCACUAUUUUGACACCAGUGAUGAGGAUGAUUUACCUAUAGCUUUCAGACCCUUUAUUCGAGGAACGACUUAGACUCCUGCAGUUCAAAGAAGGGGCGUAUUCUGAUACUGAUGGUGAGGAUAGAGGCCUUUAUGUUCCAGACUUCCCAUACGCUAAAGGUUUUCCGUGCACUUGCUGUUCUUCUGCCUGGCUUGCACCGUUAUGGUUCCAGGAUAUAUGUAUGUCAAGUCUUUAUUUAUGGUCUCAAGUGUCGCCAUUGUUAAGCAUGGCAUGUGGUUGCAGAGUCUGAAUGCAGCUUUGGGUUUGAUGAUGAUGCCGCUGAUGCAAUUUACGAGGAAAUCAAGCUCCUGGCGAAGUUUCUUCCAGGGGCAACCUUCUGGAUGAUGUAACAGUCAUGAAUAAAUUAGUAGAGGUUACCCUGAGUUUUUACAAGAAGACCGCAAGUUGCUUCAACAAUGUGGCUACUAGAAAACAGUACUGUAUGCUAUGCAGGUACAUAUCUCUGCAUUUACAUGGCUGCCGAGUAUGAACCGUGACCUUUUGCACUUAUGAUGUUAGUAUAUCUCUUUUCUUUUUCGUUUCUGCAUGGGUACACGAGAUCACAAGGCCGCAGAUAGCGGCACAGUAUCUGCAGGUGAUAAGAUGAGAUGUUUUCUUUCUUUC